AUGUUUCAACAAUUUCUUCCACCGACGGUGAUUCACGAUCCAAAUGGAUUGAUUCUAUACGCAGAUUUGGAUUACAAACGAUUAAGUCAAUGUACUGAAGGCUAUUCAGGUGCAGAUAUUAAAUUAGUAUGCAAAGAGGCGGCAAUGAAUCCGGUGCGAAAAAUCUUUGAUAUUUUGGAACAUUAUUACGAAGAUGUCGAAGGAGCACAUUCAAUUGAACUCGAUUCCAUAACAACAGCCGACGUCGAGAAAGUUCUCUCAACGACGAAACCAUCGGGACGAAUGUAUCAAGAUAAAUACAUUCAAUGGCAAAAAGAAUUCGAAUCUGUUUAA